AUGGCGACCGCCACCGCCGCCACCGUCCCCGCCGGCGGCCGCCCGUACCGACGCGCCCGCGCUCGCUGCGGCUCACCGCGCCUGCACCGCCUGCGCUUCCCGGCCACAGCCGCGGCCGCGGCCGCUGCCGCUUCGUCUUCCCCGCCCGCCCCGUCGUCCACGCUGCCGCCGCUGCCAGCAGACGGAGGCGGGCGGCUGGUGGCGGAGCUGGUGUGCGCGUUCAACGAGCUCACGGAGCGGAUGGGGGAGGACCUGGCGACGUCCUCCUCGUCGCGCCUGCUCUUCCGCGCGCUGAAGCUGGCGCUCCCCGCCCUCCGCGACGUGGACGGGGGCGGGCACUCGCGCGCGCUCGCCGUCGGCGCCACCCUCGCUGACCUCCAGAUUACUCUGUUCACUUAA